CCAUGGCUGCACCGCCCAGACGUGGCACCCCCCUCUCCCUCCACGAUGCAUCCCAGGACUCACAUAUAUGUAUGUACACACUGGAGCGCUCCAUUCUCAGAUCGAUCAAUUACGAAUUUACGAUCGAGGAACCGAGCACACACUAUGGCCAAGACGAGGGCGAAGAAGGCGGCGGCGGCCGGUGAUGCCCGGAGCGCUGGGAAGGAAGGGGACAAGGCGCCGGCGAAGGGAGGCAGCGAUGCGCCGGCGGACGGGGUGGUGGUAAGCGUGCCGGUCCACUGCGAUGGCUGCGCCAGGAAGGUGCGCCGGUCUCUGCUGCGCCUCGAGGGGGUUGAGGAUGUGAUCGUGGAUCACUCGACCAACACGGUGGUGGUAACUGGCCAGAAGGCGCUGGAGAACCCGAUCAUGGUGGUCGAAGCGGUCAAGAUGAAGACCGGGAAGAAGGCGGUGCUGCUGAGCCCAUCGCCGGAGAAGCUUCCACCGCCGGUGAAAAGCGAGGAUACCAAGAAACACGGUGCAGGGGCGCCAGACAUGAAAAAGGAUGUAGCGGAGUUCGACAUGGAAAUGGUUGUAGUGCUGAAGAUCGAAUUGCACUGUGAAGAUUGCAGUGAGGAGAUGAAGAAGAGGAUACUCAAGCUAAAAGGAGUGGAGGAGGCCGUGCCGCACAUCAAAUCAUCACAGCUGAUGGUGAAAGGGAUGGUCGAGCCAGCAACCCUAGUAGGAUUCAUCCACAAGUGCACGGGGAGGAAGGCUGCCAUUAUCAGAGCUGAGCCACUGAAUGAGGAUACGCCAGCAGCAGCCAUGGCUGAGGAGACGCCUGCAGCGGAUGCCAAUGCCGAGAAGCAAGAACCAUCUGAUAAUCUGGAAAACAAAGAUGAACUAGGGGUAGAAGAAGAGACCAAACAAGCCGUGAACAGGGAAGAAGAGACUGAAACGGAGAAGCCAAGCAAAGGGGACGUAGACGGGGUUGAGAAGGAGACGGUUGUUGAGGAAACCCAAGGGAAGGAACACCUAUUCAAGCUGCCUGUGCCGGCGUCACUUGUUGCGGUGGCGCCGGAGGCUGAGAAGAUGACGGCCAUGAACGGCCUCUACCAGUACAACUACCACCCAGCAGCCUACGCUUAUGCGUACCCGCACUAUGCUUAUCAGCAAUACCACCAAUACCCAUAUGCGGCCAAUCCUGCAACGUAUUACGGGCCGUGCCCGCAGCACUAUCCGCCACAGACUUUCGGCGAUCAGAGCCCAGAUGCAUGCACCAUCAUGUGAUGUGAUGGACCGUGUGUACGUAAGUAGCUUCCAUGGUACCAUAAGCCAGCGUACAUGGAAUAAAGAACCCCAUCAUGUAGUGAACUGUGUGCACCUUCCAUGUUACAAGUCUUUCAUAUAUAUAUGGAAUAAAGCAUCUGGUUACUGCAA